AUGACGGCGGAGAUGGACGCCAAUGGGACCCACGUGAACGGGUCAGCGGAGGACACAAAGACAACAGUCAAUACGCAUGAGAGUGAUCCUGCCAGCAUCCCUAGCGAUAACUAUACCCUCGCACAGAGCACAAAUCAUGGUCUUUCUUCGCAGGUUGGGACUCCGAUAGUCGCCAGCCAAGAUGUUGCUGCGCCAUCAGUGAAAACCGAGCCCGGCAACGAAGCCCUCGAAAGCUUCCCGGGCAGCGAUGACCUGGAAACCAAGUCUGUGGGGCUGGACGGGGCAGAUGACCACCCCACGUCGAAAAAGCUAGCCAACCUUAAGCAGGGUCUCACUUCGCGCGCGUCAUCCUCGGAUCGAUCCUCCCCUGCCACUUCAGUCAAGCCGGCUGCAACCAAAAAGACCGGGACCAGCACCACCAAGAAAGGCACGGCGAAGAAACCUACAGCCAAGAAGCGCAAGAUGAAUGAUCCGGAUGCCGAUAGCCUGGAUGGGCGCCGUUCGAAUACCCCAGUGUCGCGGACGGACAAGAUACCCGGAAAGAAGCAAGGCACCGAUUCGAUUGCCGGAUCACCGGCCCCCGAGGAGAAGAAAAAGCCGAAGCCGAAGAAGCGAGGAAGAGGACCCGCCGCUGCGGACGAUGAGGACUACGAUGAGAACGAGGUUUUCUGCAUUUGCCGUCGGCCCGACAACCACACCUGGAUGAUCGGUUGUGACGGCGACUGUGAGGACUGGUACCAUGGGAAAUGUGUCAACAUUGAUCCGCGGGACGCAGAGUUGAUUGACAGGUACAUCUGUAGGUCUUUUCCCCUUGAUUCUGAAGCACAAGUUCUAUGUCAACUAACUACCUCUAUAGGUCCGAACUGCCACGAGCGAGGUAAAGGAUAUACCACCUGGAAGCCCAUGUGUCGUCUACCGGAAUGUCGGAAACCAGCGCGCGUCACGCGCCAAAACCCCAGCAAAUAUUGCUCCGAUGAACACGGCCAUGAAUUCAUGCGUCGCCAAGUCCAACGCCUCACAUUGAAGUCUGCCCCGACAGGACUGGAAGAUCUCGGCAGCAGGGGAGGAGUUCUCACGGUCGGUGAUCUCAAGGCUGCUGUCAUGGGAGUGACCUCUGCGCAAGAGUUCCGCAAGCUCGGUGAUCGAAUCAUCUCUCCGCCGCCAGAGGAGGACGAGCAAAAGACCCCCGGUACCGGGAUCAACGAUGAUCAACCACGGGGCGGAAAGAAGCUCGGACUCGACAUCGAUGCCAAAGGCCUAGAAUACUCGGGCGACGAAGCCGCAAAAAUCGAAAAGUUGCGCAAAUUUCGGGAGGAGCUGCUCCACCGGAAAGAAAUGCUGACGGCUCGGUCGACCUUUGUGACGCUGGUGCGCCAGCGGUCCAAGGCCGUGGUAGAGAAACUGAAACAAAACGAUCCGAAAGGCGGAUGGAAGGACAUUUGUGGAUUCGAUUCGCGCCUCUCAUGGGCCGAUGAGGAAUUCGACGAAUGGCGGCUUUCUGAUGCAGGAAAGAAAGCGCUCGCCGAGGGCACAGUCGAGGCCUUGGCUGCGAGCUAUCCUGCCCCCGCCACCGACACAGACGGCGACACGGCCAUGGACGAAGAAGACAAUAAUGAGGACGAGAUGGCGUUCGUGACUCGUGGUAUCUGUACGAAGAAGCGAUGCGAGAGACACAAGCAGUGGGUCAAGGUGCAGCAACAGGACAUUGUGUUUGAAGAAAAUACCGCAGAUCGGGACCUCGCCAAAUGCGAGGACGAGGCACAGUCGGUCGUGGAGAGAGCCAUGAUGAGGAAGUGGGCGAGAGCCGACAACAUGCUAUCUGGGACCGAGUAG